CUUCUUUCGUAUCUUCAAGAAUCCUCAUUCUCUUCAAUUCGUACCUGUUCGUAUCGAUUAUCAGUCAUGUCUCCCGACUACCAUCUAAUCGGGUCCUACACUCGCUACUCCAGCUGGACUGCGCGCGUCGAGACUGUCCUCGAGUACUUUGAGAUCCCGUAUACAUCUCAAAUGCUCACUUUCGACGAGAUCAAAACUCACUCCCCCAGCGGCCUCGUCCCAGUCCUCCAGUCCAUCCCACUGUCCAUAACAAUAACAGACUCCCUCGCCAUCCUCGAAUUCCUCGCAGACCAGAACCCCCAUCUCGCGCUAUGGCCCCGCGAUCCGGCCCUGCGCGCUCUCGCCCGCUCCGCGACCGCCGAGAUGCACUCUGGCUUCCCCGUCCUGCGAAACACGUUUCACACGAACUUUAUCGCGCGGUACGAGGGGCCGAUCGCCGCGUCUGGAUCGGUGGGGGCGAAGAAGGAGAUUAAGCGGGUAUUGACGAUCUGGGAUAAUGCGAGGGCCGCAGCGUCUUCCAGUGCGGUUGACGAUGAAGGGUUCCUGUUUGGCGGGUUUAGUAUCGCUGAUGCAUUUUAUUGGCCUGUUUUAUGGCGCUUUCGCACGUAUAACCUGCCCCUCGACGACGCGAGCCCGGCGGUGGUGAAGUGGAUGGACAAGAUGUGGAAUGACCCGAAACUGAAGAAGCUGGUGCAUGGGUACUAUCGACAGGCCGAGAAGCCAGAGACGCGCAUCGAGAAAUACGAGAAUAUCUUUGGUGAGGGCGUGCAGGUCUCGACGUUUCCUGAGGACUGGGUGUUUGCUGCGCCUCAAGCUGCGUAAGAUGGACUGGAGAUGUCCUGGUUUUAUGUUACAUAGUUUGGGGAAGACGAGAUGGUGUGACACGCCUGUCAGCAUAUAUUCCUGUUCCUGCAUUAAUUCGAGGGCCAUUGUUAGCGAUUUAUGUAACGCCAGUCCGUCCGGCUCGGUGAUGACCGUGGGAUCUGCAGGGGCAACUUGAGCCUUGCAGGUGGGGACGUCAGUGCCCUUGCAGGUUUGCAAGUUGGAACUGGUGAGGAAUGCUCGAUCGGUCAAAGUGUUCUCGGGAAUGACGUUCUUGAUACUUCGUAGAUGCAUAGACAUCCGUAUUCUCUAUAAGCAGUAUAGCUAAUGCCGGAUCACAACUCAGACAAUUCAGACAAUUCAGAC